AUUUCGUUGAUUACUACUCAGCUCCUUCGAAAUGAGUGUUAAAAUGGGUGCAAACGUGUGUCCGGUGACCGAAGAAAGGUCGGGCAAUGUGCGCGAAGUCGGUGGCCAGGCCGUGUGGAGCUUGUCGUCCUGUAAACCUGGCUUUGGAGUAGAUCAGCUGCGCGACAAUUCGAUGGAAACGUACUGGCAGUCGGAUGGGCAGCUGCCGCACCUAGUGAACAUUCAGUUUCACCGCAAAACGACCGUAAGCCAGAUCUACCUCUACUCCGACUACAAACUGGACGAAAGCUACACACCGAGUCGGAUAUCGAUCCGGUGUGGCACACACUUUAACGAUCUACAGGAAAUCGAAGUGGUCGAUCUGUGUGAACCGUCCGGCUGGGUGUGCAUUCCGAUCAAGGAGAUGCAAGACAUUCCGAUAUGUACGUUCAUGAUACAGAUCGCCGUGAUAAGCAAUCAUCAGAAUGGUCGCGACACGCACAUGCGACAGAUCCGGAUUCAUUCACCGACCGAAGGCACCCACUACCCGUUGGAACAGUAUGGGCCGUUCAGUACGAUUGAAUUUCAACAGUUUCGUACGAUACGAUAGGGUGGGCAGCAGUCGGAAACAUCGUCGUUAUCGACAUUUGUACAAACGGAGAAGAAAUCGAAUUUAUUUCACAAAUACAAAACAUACAGUCAAGAGCUCCAAAAUAGCACACAUGUUAUUCGGCCGGUGCUUGCCGGUGGAAGAGAUUAGUGGGUUCUCUUAAGCACGGUGCCGCUGCUUGCCUGUUAAACAGUGUGCGGCCGGCCUGCCACGGUUUCCGCAGGCUUUACUCUGCCGCUUCCAGCAAGCCACGCAGCAUCGUUUCCAACUUUCGACCGUCGGCAGCAAACUUGCGAAUACCGUCCGCAAGCUUAUCACUCGACAUCUGAUCCUCGUUCAGCAUCCAGCGGAACGUAGCCUCGUCCAUCUGAAUCUUGGCCAGCUUCGAUGCUUUUGCAACAUCCACAUCCAGGUACCGCUUGACCGGUUCCGUGCUCUUCUCCAGAUCUCCGAGCAGUUUCGGGCUGAUCGUGAGCAAAUCGCACCCGGCCAGGGCCAUAAUUUCGCCCACGUUGCGGAACGACGCGCCCAUCACGACGGUUUUGUAGCCAAACUUUUUGUAGUAAUUGUAGAUCUUGGUCACCGACACGACGCCCGGGUCCGCUUCGGGAGCGAACGAUUUCUGAUCGGUGUUGGCCACAUACCAAUCGAGAAUGCGGCCCACGAAGGGUGAAAUCAGCGUCACGCCCGCCUCGGCACAAGCCACGGCCUGGGCGAACGAGAACAGCAGCGUCAGGUUGCAGUGAAUGUUGUGGUCUUUCUCCAGGACGCUGGCCGCCUGGAUGCCCUCCCAGGUCGAGGCCAGCUUAAUCAGCACCCGGUCUCGCUUGAUACCCUGCUCUUCGUACAGUGCGAUCAGCUUGAGGGCCUUCGCGAUCGAGGCUUCCUUGUUGAAGGAUAGGCGCGCAUCGAUUUCAGUCGACACACGGCCCGGCACGAGCUUCAGGAUUUCGCAUCCGAACAGCACGAACAGCAUGUCGGCAGCUUCCGAAACCUUUUCGUCC